AUGUUGCACUUGUUGAUUCUGAUCCAGUUCCUGAUACCUUUUAUAGAAUCAAUAGGUUAUGAUUCUUCUGGAGUUGUAGUGGGGAACUUAAGGAAAAGAGAUACUAUACCCCUGCACAGAUUAAGCAGAAGUGAUUUAAGAAGAUUUUAUGGAGAUGAAGAUGAUUUACAUUAUAGAAAAACUAAGGACAUCAGAGAAGAUAAGAGAUUUGAAAUGACAGAAAACCUAAUACGUGAGCUGAAGCUAGCUGAGAAUAAAGAAGCUUUAGACAAAUUGAAUCGUGAAGUAAGAUGGCUGACUAUCGACACUGAAGAGGGGCUGGGGAUUGGAUUAUAA